CCUUAGUGACAAGUGCUUGAAGAUAACGAGAAAAGUGUCUCUCAUCUUCUCACACCGGGGGCACGACAAAUCAUCAAAAUACCGCCCAAAAAAGAAUCGUACAUCCGUGUCCGUAGCGGCAAAAUGUCUACGGAGGAUGCAAAGUCGUACUUGUCGAAGCGGGAGAUUCCCAGGCUGUUUGAGAGUCUGAUGACAGGCUUAAUGUAUCACAGACCACAGGAUCACAUCAAGUACCUAAUAGAAUGCCUAGAGAAAGUCAAGGAGAAGGGCCCCCAGAAUGUCACAUGGAGUUCAUUUGUUGAUAUACGCAGAGCAAAAACACCACUGCCACCUAUUGACCAGAAUGGUCAGAAAAGGCCAAGGUCAAGGCCUUCUUCUCGAGCCAAAACACCUGUAAAAAUAGAGGAACCAGAGAAACUAGAAACCAAGAAGGGAGAUCCAUUGCCUCCCAUCUCCAAAUCUCCUCCCCCAGCAAAGGGCAUCCUCCCCAAUGUCCCCAUUACACUGAUCAUGGGUGGCCCUGGAAGUGGAAAACUGACUCAAUCUAGGAAACUCCUGGAGAAGAACCCAGGCUGGGUACAUCUUUCCAUGGGGGAUCUUCUCAAAACAGAGAUUUCCCAGAAAGGAACCGCUGGGGCCAAAUGGGGCAUGAUAGGGGAUCUGGUAUCCCAGGGAGAAAUGGCACCAGAGGAUGUAACUGCUGAGUUGAUUCUGACCAACAUAAAGAAACACCCUGAUGCCAAAGGAUUCAUCAUUGAAGGUUAUCCCAGAUCAAGCUCACAACUGGAAGAGUUUGAGAAAGAGAUUGGACGACUGGACCUUGCGAUGUUGAUUGACUGUGAUGAGUACUACUGUACUCAGAGACUGCUGAAAAGAGGAGCAGAGAAGGGAAAAAUUGACGAUAACCUUGCUGCCAUCAGCAAACGCAUCUCAUUCUUCAAGGAAAACACACUGCCUGUUUGUAAAUACUUCGACGAUUUGGGAAAACUUGUUGUUGUGGAUGGUGACAGAGAUAUUGAUGAAAUCGCUUUUAACCUAGGACAAAUUUUCAAAGCAGCACUUAAAAGAAAUUUCAAAAUGCCAGAACCAAAAGUAAAGCCUGUGAGACCCAAAGCCCCAGCAAAACCAGCAACACCCGCUGAACCAAAGAAAGCCCAGAAAGAGAAGUCUGUAGUCUUCGCAGAUGAACCGUUAGUGCCUCCCCCUCCCACAAUCACCAAUAAAGACGAGGGCAGGAAACCCGGCCUCCCCGAGGCCCCCAUUAUAUUCCUGGCAGGGGGUCCUGGUAGUGGACGAGGGACACAGGCUAAGAAGAUCCUGGAGCGGUACAAGGAGGUGGUCCACUUAUCUAUGGGGGAUAUCCUUAGAUCAGAAAUAGCAACAAAGGGAACAGCCGACGACAAAUGGAACAUGAUCGGAUCAUUGGUUUCCAAAGGAGAAAUGGCACCACAGGAAGUUACUGUAGAUUUAAUUGUUGAACACUUAAAGAAGCACCCCAAAGCUGGGGCCUAUCUCUUAGAGGGCUACCCUAGGGAUAAAGAACAAGUAGAGGAAUUCAAUAAACAUAUUGGUGGUGUGAACUUUGUGCUGCUGUUGGACUGUGAAGAGUACUACAUGCAGAAACGACUACUGGACAGGGGGAAAGCUACAGACAGGAUUGAUGAUAACAUCAAUGCAAUCCAGAACAGAAUCAGCUUCUUCAAAAAUAACACACUUCCAGUCUUCAAACAUUACGAUGACCAAGGAAAACUAGUUGUUUUAAAUGGUGACAGAGAUCUUGAUGAAAUAUUUUUUGACAUCUGUAAUGUGCUAGACUUCGCCUUUUAUGGAAGAAAGCCAGGACAAAAGAACAAAGAAAACGUGGAUCUGAGCAGCGUCAACGUAGUAUUCGUUGUAGGAGGACCAGGUUCAGGGAAAGGGACGCAAUGUGAGAAAAUUGUGGAGAAAUAUGGGUUUACACACUUAUCCACUGGAGAUCUCCUCAGAGCAGAGGUCAAAUCGGGGUCACCAAGGGGAAAGAACUUAGUAGAAAUCAUGGAGAAAGGGGAGCUUGUUCCAAUGGAUACAGUUUUAGAACUUCUGAAAGAGAACAUUGCAGCCAAAGCAAGCACAAGCAAAGGAUUUUUGAUUGAUGGCUAUCCAAGAGAGAUGGAGCAAGGCGUUAAGUUUGAAAAACAAAUAACCAAACCCAAAUGUGUAAUUUAUUUUGACGUGACAGACGACACGAUGACCAAACGACUGUUGGGGCGCGCGCAGACGAGCGGGCGCGUGGACGAUAACGAAGAGACGAUUAAACAGAGGCUGAAAACGUUCCAUGACAUCACAACCCCCGUCAUCGAACACUACACGAAGCAAAACUUAGUCCAGAGGGUCCCGGCAGAAUCGUCAGCAGAUGAGGUUUUCCAGCAGGUGGAGAAAAUCUUUGAUUCAAUGUCGCUCGAUAAUACAGGGAAAGACCCUAUUCUGAAGGAUGCAAAAGUUCUUUUUGUUGUUGGUGGGCCCGGAAGCGGAAAGGGGACUCAGUGUGCAAAAAUAGUAGAAAAAUUCGGUUUCUGUCAUCUGUCUUCUGGUGAUCUACUCAGGGAAGAGGUGGCUUCCGGUUCAGAAAAGGGAACAAAACUUAAGGAUGUAAUGGCCAGGGGAGAGUUAGUGUCCAUGGAUGAUGUUUUAGAAUUGAUGUGUGAUGCGAUGAAGAAGAAGAUUCCGGAGACGAAGUGUUUUCUUAUUGACGGGUAUCCCCGCGAGCUCGAGCAGGGCACACGAUUUGAAAACGAGAUCGUUCCAUGCGUGGGAGUGUUGUAUUUUGACGUGUCGGAUGAGACGAUGACAAAGCGACUGUUAAAGCGAGGAGAGACGAGCGGACGAGUAGAUGACAAUGAGGAGACGAUAAAGAAAAGACUGAAGACCUUCCACAAUCAGACCAAACCUGUGAUAGACUACUACUCCAAACAAGACAAAGUCUGUAAGAUUCACGCAGAAGGUUCAGAGGACGAAAUUUUUGCGCAGGUUGAAAAAUAUGUGAGCUCCCAUAAAUGGUGAUCGUAAAUGUGGAAGGGACUUGUCGCUAUUUGUAAAAGCUGAAACCUGCUUUCUGCUUCAACUCCUUAUAAUUGCGCAAUUGUUGAUUAAAUUAUUGCAGAAUAUUUUAUACCUUUUCUAUGUUGAAAUAAAUUGUUAUUUCCUGUAAA